CCAUCUGAUAACACUGGCUGUCGUCUUUGCCUUUCGGCUAAACUUGCACUCUAGAGUGAUGUCACCUCAACCCUCAGACAAUCCUUGUCGUAUCUAUCAACAUCAGUCAUUCUACAUUUCAUCCAUAUUCAUCAUCCAAGAUGACUUCAGCAACCUCCCGCGUUCUUUCCACCACCGAGCUCCUCGAACACAUCCUCCUCCAUCUCCCACCCCCCUCCCUCCUCUUCGCCCAGCGUAUCUGUACAACCUGGCGUUCCCUAAUCCAACGCUCCCUCCCCCUCCAACGCGCCCUCUUCCUCGCCCCCACCGCUCAACCCCUCCUUGUCUCCUCCGAUCCUCCCUAUACUCUACCUCCCGUAAAUCCCUUCCUCAAAUCCGCAUUCGCGGGGCACAUCGACCGCCAUAGCAAGCCAAUGCGUUGGGUCACUGCACAAGGCGAACACUGCAUCGUGUUUGUCGUGCGGGUGGUGAGUGCGGAGUGGCCGGAUGCGUUCAAGUAUCCGGAGGCGAGCUGGCGGCAGAUGCUGUUAACACAGCCGCCGGUGAAGGCGGCGAGCGUGAUGGAUUUCAGCGGGGUAGGGUUAGCGGUGGGACCGAGGAGGGGGGUGGCUCACUUUGAGGCGAGAAAUGAAGAGGGGGUUAGGAUGAUGGAGGUUGUAUAUGCGAGGUGAGGGAGGAUGGAGGGGAUAUUAUCAUGCAAGAGCUUGGCGCCAAUGGCUUUCCAAUU